AAGUAAGUUGUGAACCUAUUUUACCUGUAUCAAAAAUAAAGUAGACACCUACUUAUUCAUUUACAUACGACGAAGCGGCAAGUCAAGCAGUAUUUAACCGGACUACAAAACAUCUCCUACAGUUUUUCUUAUAAAAUUGUAUAACAGUUUAAUGAAAGAGUAAAGAGACAAUUGAUAGUUAUAUAUUGUUACUAUGGUUUUGACUGUGAUGGAACAAACAAUACAAUGUUGUAUCGUUGGUGAUGGUAUGGUGGGGAAGUCUUCUAUAAUAAAGAGUUUUAUUGGACAGUCUACUCCAGGAGACUAUGUAGCUACUAUAUCUGACAGUUAUUCAGGAGAUGCAUCUUUCAUAGGAGUUAACUACACCGUUAGUAUAUCAGAUUGUACUGGAGAGCAUGAGAAUAAUGAAUUAAGAUGCUCAAAUUACAAAGACACAGACGUUUUUGUGGUGUGUUACAGUGUUACAGAUCGAGAAUCAUUUGACAGUGUGAGAACAUUUUGGCUGCCAGAGAUAAGAAAAGUGGCUGGAAAGAAACCAAUCAUUCUUGUGGCGACACAAACAGACAGUCGUGGACAAACAGGAGAAGAAACAAUCUCAAAGUUUGAAGGACUAGAAUUAUCAGACGAGAUUGGUGCAGAACAUUUCACAGAAUGUUCGUCUGUGUCAAGGAGAGGAAUUCCAAAAGUAUUCGAAUAUUCUAUUCAAUCAGUACUUAAACAUAAGAAGGCGAAAUCAAACAUUGUUAAACGGCUGAUAAGAAAAUAAUACUCAGGACACAAACAGCUGGUAUUGCCAUAUGUCUUUCAAUUAUAAUUGCAUGUCAAAUCUUAACGCAUUAGAUGAGGUGUACAUACUCAUUCAACAUGUUAAAACUGUAUACUGAUAUAUCAUAUAUAUAUAUUUUCCCUUGUGCUAUAUUAUUUUAUCUAUGUAUGCACAUUACGUGGACAUCUACAAAUUCUAGUCAUAUUAUGUUAUUAAAUAAAGUAUACAUAUAUGUGUAUCAAAUUUAA